CGGCCUUCGCGCCUCCCUCAAUUUUUCACACAUAGACCGGGAGCCCUCAUGGCUUCUCGCAGCGAGGACGAAGGGGUGCUGUUCAGACGCGGGACUGGGCAGAGCGAUGAUUCUGAUAUAUGGGAUGAUACGGCACUCAUAAAAGCAUAUGAUAAAGCAGUUGCAUCCUUCAAGAAUGCUUUAAAGAAUGGAGACUGUUCAGAGCCUUUGGAUAAAACCGAGCAAAAUGCUGGGACAAAAAGAAAAAACAAUAAAAAGAACAAAAGUAGAAAGAAAAGUAAUGCUGCACAACAGAAACAGUGGAGAGUUAAUGAUGCAUGCAGUGCAGUUUGGUCUGAAGAUGGCAAUGUGUACCAAGCAACUAUUACCUCAAUCAACUGGAAGAAAGGGACUUGCGUAGUUAUCUAUACUGGAUAUGGAAAUAGGGAAGAGCAAAAUCUAUCAGAUCUUCUACCACCAAUUGAUGCUGAGGGAACAAACGAAGAGAGAAGUGCUGCUGAGAAUGAUAAUGAGACUCAGUAUUCAACAGAUGAAAGUGACCUAUCCUUACAGUCACCUGGAAACAAACACAAUCGUGCAAAAUCAGCACAAUGGAAUUCCCCCUUUCCUCCUCCACCGCUACCACCAAUGCCAGGCUCAGGACGGACUGGAAUGAAAUUCAGUGGACCUCCACCUUUCUUAUCAGGCUGGCCUCCAUCAUUUCCAUCAGGACCACCGUUGAUACCACCUCCUCCACUUUUUAGCCCAGAUUCUCCUGAUGAUGAAGAAGCAUUGGGAAGUAUGUUGAUAGCCUGGUAUAUGAGUGGGUAUCACACGGGCUACUAUCUGGGUUUAAAACAGAGCCGAAUGGAAGCUGCCUUGGGGAAACAUGCCCACUCAAAGUAGCUACUCUAUAUUUUAAAAAUGACUCCCACAGAAAAGGACAUCCCACUUCUACAUUGGUCAGCAAAGAAGCUUUCAGAGGUACCAGGAUUACUGAAUGGAUUACCCGGGGGAGACGCACCACUGAUAAUAUUGGCCGGCAAUGAUAUUUUCAUUGCUAAGAAGAUUAUUGAAUGGAUAAUCUGGGGUUCAUAUCUUGUUAGUAAUUAGGUGCCUAUUCUAGUCUACAUGAACUAUUCAUUCAUGAAUUCUGAAGCAAUCUCCAAGAUGUGGAAUAUCUUCACUUCUGGUUCUGCAGUGACAAUAUGCUGAUGAAUAAAUAACAGCGAAUGGCAGUGGUGACCUGAACAGAAACUGUACAAAUGCAUGUGGUUAGUUACCCAACAGUUCAUAUAUUUGAGCUAGACAAAUUCCUGUGUUAAAUUGAAAGAGAAGAUACUUACCAGUUAUGAUACUCAAGUAUUUUGAAAUACUGCUCAAUAAAAGCAUUUUUUUUCAA